UUAACUGUCGAGUAAAGUAACCUAUAUUCCAUCCGGAAAAGACGGUUUCCGUUCUCUGAACUUUUUUAUAUUAAUACUCCACUCUCCUCUCAGAAAUAUGCGUGAGUGUAUCUCCAUCCACGUGGGCCAGGCUGGCGUGCAGAUUGGCAAUGCCUGCUGGGAGCUGUACUGUCUGGAGCAUGGCAUCCAGCCGGACGGGCAGAUGCCCAGCGACAAGACCAUCGGAGGAGGAGACGACUCCUUCAACACCUUCUUCAGCGAGACUGGAGCUGGCAAGCACGUCCCCAGGGCUGUGUUUGUGGACCUGGAGCCCACAGUCAUCGAUGAGGUGCGCACUGGAACCUACCGCCAGCUGUUCCACCCUGAGCAGCUGAUCACUGGAAAGGAGGAUGCUGCCAACAACUACGCCCGUGGGCAUUACACUAUUGGCAAGGAGAUCAUCGACCUGGUUCUGGACAGGAUCCGCAAACUGGCUGACCAGUGCACUGGGCUUCAGGGAUUCCUGGUCUUCCACAGCUUCGGAGGUGGCACCGGCUCUGGUUUCACCUCCCUGCUGAUGGAGCGCCUCUCUGUCGACUACGGCAAGAAGUCCAAGCUGGAGUUCUCCAUCUACCCAGCUCCCCAGGUGUCCACUGCAGUGGUGGAGCCCUACAACUCCAUCCUGACCACCCACACCACCCUGGAGCACUCAGACUGUGCCUUCAUGGUGGACAAUGAGGCCAUCUAUGAUAUCUGCCGUAGGAACCUCGAUAUUGAGCGUCCUACCUACACCAACCUUAACAGGUUGAUUAGCCAAAUUGUGUCCUCUAUUACCGCCUCACUGCGUUUCGAUGGUGCUCUGAAUGUUGAUCUGACUGAGUUCCAGACCAACUUGGUGCCCUACCCUCGUAUCCACUUCCCCCUGGCCACAUAUGCCCCAGUGAUCUCCGCUGAGAAGGCAUACCACGAGCAGCUCUCAGUGGCUGAGAUCACCAAUGCUUGCUUUGAGCCAGCCAAUCAGAUGGUCAAAUGUGACCCCCGUCACGGCAAGUACAUGGCCUGCUGCCUGCUGUACCGUGGUGACGUGGUGCCCAAAGAUGUCAAUGCUGCCAUCGCCACCAUCAAGACCAAGCGCACCAUCCAGUUUGUGGACUGGUGCCCCACUGGUUUCAAGGUGGGCAUUAACUACCAGCCCCCUACCGUAGUACCUGGUGGCGACCUGGCCAAGGUGCAGAGGGCCGUGUGCAUGCUGAGCAACACCACUGCUAUCGCAGAGGCCUGGGCCAGGCUUGACCACAAGUUUGACCUGAUGUACGCCAAGCGCGCCUUUGUGCACUGGUACGUAGGUGAGGGUAUGGAGGAGGGAGAGUUCUCCGAGGCCAGAGAGGACAUGGCCGCCCUGGAGAAGGAUUACGAGGAGGUCGGUGUCGACUCCAUCGAGGGCGAGGGUGAGGAGGAAGGAGAGGAGUAUUAACAUGAAUUAAAGUCAAUCUUAAAGCAUAUCACUGGUCAGAAUGAACAUUAACUGUUUUUUCUUAGACUAGGAAAAACACAAGUACUGUCACGCUUCAUAGGGAUGUACAUGUUGUCUGUCUGGUACUGAAAACUGGUCAUUGAUGUGCUGUGAUUGUGUUCAGGGAACGUGAUGACUGUCUUUCUUUGGUUUGUUUUUUCUUUUAAGCUUUCCACAAUUUACACGUUGUUUGUCCCUUUCUGACGACAGAGAUAUGCAAUAAAUUAUUGAC